AUGUCGCACACAGGCCGGGACUCACCCUCUCAAAUGCCACCGCUGGGCUCGUCACCGGUCGGUUCCUUUCGAGGCAGAUCACUUAGUACUUCGGUUCCGCGCGCCGACGUCACCGCCCGUCUUGCUUCGCCACUGCCCUCCCAGUUCGGUUCACCCUCGGCUGCUCUUCUUGCUUCGUCAUCGCCGAGACCCCAUGCCCAUCGUCAAUCCUCGGAUUCUGGCUCUCUCACUCCUCUUGCGGGUGCCAGCGCUACUACUCCCGGCCCGGGGAUCAGCGCUCUCGCUGCUGCACUCUCCAAUACCAUCGGUACAUCGCCUCCGCGCUUCGGUACUCCCCCGGUGCGGUCACAAUCCCCGGCAGCUUCCUCGGCUGCCGCACCUAUGCUUGGCUCGACGCCGCCCGGCAACUAUGGAUCUUUCGAUGCACGGGCCCGACUCCUCCAAUCCGACAGCUCACAACGCGACGACGACGAGGCGGUGGCGGAAAUUGUGAGGAGGCAUCUGGUACAGCCGACCGACAGCUCGGAAGGACCCGACGACUCUUCCAAGGGGAAGCAAGUCAGUGAUGGUUCGGGUCCAGGGCUUGACGAAGAUGAAUUCUCCAGCCUGAAACUACAAGGAGGUGACAUCACUCGGCCCAUUUACAGGUGGACAGAAGAUGCCACAAAUCGAGAGCGCGUUCAACGGAGCAAGAGCUUCAGUAUGCCUCGCCCCGACCCUGAACAUGAAGUUCUCGAUAUAAAUAACAUCAAAGUCCCUGGCGGCUUCCGGCGCAACUUCCUGCGUCGGGCGGCCAGGAGUCCCUCUGCAAACCCCAGCUCCAUGGAGGGCGGGCGUGCGGCACAGGAGCCUCCCUUGGUCACUUCUAACUUCCUCGAAUUUCUUUCGAUAUAUGGCCACUUUGCCGGAGAGGAGCUCGAGGAGGAUGACGAGGUCCUGGGUCCCGGCGAGUACUUUUCUAGCGGAGAAGAUGACGAGGAUCUUUACACGGCUGGCGAAGGAUCGGACGAUGAUCGCGACCCGAUGGAAGACAGUGCGCUGUUGACUCCUGGCAGGCGUAGGCGUAGGAGAAAGCACCGGGGUGGCAGCGGCAAGGCAACUCCCCUCAACGCAGCGAUGGUUCUCCUCAAGUCCUUUGUGGGCACUGGCGUGCUGUUCUUGCCCAGGGCGUACCUGAAUGGUGGCAUGAUUUUCAGCAACUUGGUACUUCUUUUUGUGGCUGCCCUUAGCUACUAUUGCUUUGUGCUCCUAGUCAACACUCGCCUCAAGGUCAACGGCUCUUUUGGAGAUAUCGGUGGAAUCCUCUAUGGCAAGUGGAUGAGGUUGCUCAUCUUGACAUCCAUCGUAAUCAGCCAGGUCGGAUUCGUCGCUGCUUAUAUCGUUUUCACGUCCGAAAACUUAAAGGCCUUCAUUCUUGCUGUCACUGAUUGCCGGACCUCGAUCGAUGUCGGAUACCUGAUCCUGAUGCAGAUGGUCAUAUUCUUGCCGUUUUCUCUGUUUCGGGAUAUCAACAAGCUGGCCUUUACUGCGCUCAUCGCCGAUGCUUUUAUCGUCAUUGGUCUGGCCUACCUCUUCUACUUCGACGUACUUACACUUAGCACCAACGGAUUGGCCGACAUCAUUUACUUUAACCAAAAAGACUGGACACUGUUCAUCGGCACCGCCAUCUUUACUUUUGAGGGCAUUGGCCUGAUCAUCCCCAUUCAGGAGUCGAUGAAAGAUCCCAAAAAGUUUCCCAAGGUUAUGGCUGUGAUCAUGGUGAUCAUCACCACUCUCUUCACGGUCAUGGGUGCCGUCUCAUAUGCUGCCUACGGCUCCAAAACGGAGACGGUUGUCCUACUGAACCUUCCACAGGACGACAAGAUGGUCAACGUCGUACAGUUCCUAUACUCGUUGGCCAUUCUUUUAUCAACACCGUUGCAAAUAUUCCCCGCUAUCAGGAUUACCGAGAAUGGUUUGUUCACUCGUAGCGGCAAGUACAACCCAUACAUCAAAUGGCAGAAGAACAUUUAUCGAUUCUGCGUGGUCGCUGGGUGUGCUGCGCUUGCCUGGGGCGGUGCCGACAACCUGGACAAAUUUGUUGCUUUGGUUGGAAACUUCGCGUGCAUCCCGCUUGUCUAUAUUUACCCGCCCCUUUUGCACUAUCGUGCUGUGGCUAAGAGCAACCUGAAGAGGUGGUCUGACCUGGGACUCUGCGUGUUCGGCUUCGUUGCUAUGGCAUACACGACGAGCCUGACCGUCAUGGCUUGGGCGGAUUCCAGUGGGCCUAAGCCUCCGUCCUACUGUGAUUCCAAGCGACAUUAG